CAGAACAGCAGCAGUAAGGACCUGAUUCUUAUUGAUAGCGACCACAAUGCGAAGAGUAUGAGGAUGACAAUAGUGCAGGUGUUUGUGUGGUUCUUCAUCUGUGUUGACAUGCUCAUGCUCUUCACCUUCUUCAGUAAGCAGGCUUUCCGGAGCGAUGCGCGCUACAUCCUGUUUGCUCACACCCUGAUGGCUGACUGUCUACUCCUGCUGCUCACUGACCUGGUGGUGCUGCUUGGCUACUUCACUGUGCUUUUGCCUGUGGGUCGCUGCAUCGUGCUCUGCAUUCUAAUGGGGAUCGUUGUCAAAAACACGCCCUACACCAUCACCGCCAUGUGCCUGGAGCGCUACGUGGCCAUCUGCAUGCCGCUUAGACAUGCCAGCAUCUCCACCACCGGCAGGACCAUGGCUGCCAUCGCUGUCGUCUGGGCGUGCAGCUCCGUCCGGGCCUUCAUGGAUCUCAUCAUCGUCACCGUCACGGCCCCGCCAGAAUACUUCGACAGGCCUGCCUCUUGCCAUUACGAGAUAGUGCUGGUGGCCGGGUGGCACAAUCUCAUGUACGCCAUACUCAAUCAGAUGGAAUUCGGUAUUAUCGUGAUUAUCAUACUGUUCUGCUACACCAAGAUCAUGCUGGCGGCUCGGAGCGCCUCCUCAGAGAGCAAAGAGUCUGCGUCGAAGGGGCGACGCACGCUCCUGUUCCACAGCCUGCAGCUCAUUCUGUGCAUGGCCGACCUGUGGGUCCCUUUCAUAGCGGCUGCUGUCAAGGAGCAAAGUAUAAGCUUGUUCCUGCACGUCCGAUUCAUCAAUUUUAUCAUUAUUACCAUUAUCUCAAGGGCCCUGAGUCCCCUCAUCUAUGGCCUCAGGGAUAAAACGUUUUGCCUUGCCCUGAAAUAUUACCUGAGCUGCAAGGCCUAGCCCCUCUCUGGAGAAAUGUAGCAGCUUAGAAUGAAUGUGACACAGAGAAAGCCACAGUUGAAAAUACUUCCAUGUAAAUGCGCAUGUAUCUUGACCCAAAAAGAUUCAACAAAAAUGUGGAAAUUUGUUAAGUAUGCAUGAGUUUUAAUGAAGAGGUGAAAUUAAUAAAAUGUGACCCUAAUUUGCAGUAUGUUAUAGCCUUUGCAUCUUGAAGUUCUAGUCAUUUCAUAUUUCAUAAAUUAAAUCUAAACCAAAAUUAGCCAGGAUACUGAUCCCAGUACAUUUCAAAAAUUGCAAUUCAGCAAACCUGUAACCAAAGUUUAGUCACAAGCGCAGAAGCUCUGUGCGCAUGUCCUGAGCUUGAUAUCAAUUGAUAUCAAUCCCUCAGAAAAUAAUAAAGGUCGCACAAUUCUCUGGAAAAGAGUCAUGAAAUUGUUCAUAUGAACGCCCAUUACUCAACAUUUUUCUAAUGUCUGUUAGUUUUUAAUCUAAUUCUUUAAAAUGAAAAUGUAACUAGUGUAUCAGGAAUCAUAGCUUUUUUUUGCCUUAGCACAUUUAGUUGUUCAGUGUUUAAUGGUAUUGAACAUGAACAUUUUGUGGUUCUCCAGCAGCACAAAAUCACAAACCAGCACAUCCGUGACUUUGAGUGGCAUCUCAUGGCUGACUGUAGGUCACUUUUUCAUUCUUGUAGGAAAUGGCUUUUAAGACAAACAGUUGCCAGCACCAGAUUGUAUGAAAUAUUGCCAUCUGCUGAUGACUGUAAGGGAAAAUACUUUGAUUCAUCUCAGUGUUGAGGUAUACGUGUGUCUUUACACUUCAUUUAUACCUCAUUUUAACAACAGACUGUCACAUGUGAAAACUUGUUAUUUUAAUAUACUCACUUGAAAGGAUGAUUACCUGAAUUUGAAUAUCUUCGUUUUAUUGUGUGUACACUUUCGCCCAAAAUUUUUUUGAUAUUAUGCCUAAAUUGAGUGCUGUUUCAUAAUGACAAGUAAUUUUAGUGUACUUCCAGAGUGCACACAGCGAUAUUGUGACAAUACACAUAUGCAGUGGCAACCGAUUUUACCAUUUUGUGAGCACGUUUCGAUUAAUAAUAAUAAUGCUAAUUCAGUGAAGUGAAUGUAUUUUGUAUUGAAUAA